AUGGUUAACAAGAUCCUUUUGACUGUCCAAACUCUUCUCGUCUCGGUCUCUGCUACUGACUUCUACAAGAUCCAUCCCAAAUCACAUGAAGAUCUUUGCAUUACAGUAAAGAACGGAAAACUUGAAAAGGGUGCAGAACUUGAGAUUGAAAGGUGUCUUCCCAAUGACAGUGUCGACGUGAAGACACAACAGUUUGCUGGUCAACAAGAUGACAAUAUAUUUAUCAUGUUCUCCAAGGAUGCAACUGAGCUCAACAUCGACAAUGGAGGCGGUACUGCCAGAGGAAAUGGGUUGACGCUUGAGUCUGCAGGUAACCAUCCCAUUCCCCCUCCGUCCUCCUAUUGGAGCUACGACGAGGAGAGGCUGUACAGUGUCGACUAUAAUCAAAAGAGGCAGCUAUGCCUGGAUGUAAUUGAGAAUGGAGGUAGCGUCGAUGUUGGUAGUAAGAACCUCCAGAUCUGGGAUUGCAUCGAUGGUGCUUCUAAUCAGCUUUGGACAUUUACCUAA